CGGACAUUGAGUUCUUCUCUUAUUAUUCAAUACAACUGCUAUAUUUAUACAGCUUUUAUUUGCAACAGAAAUAUUAUAUUAUAGGAAGAGACAAGAAGAGAACCUUUUGGAGGGUGUUAAAGAUUGACAGGAUGGAGUGUUCUGAGCUACACAUUAUUGAAGAUUCUACAAUAUACUCUGAAAAUGAGUGUUCUGACCUGUUGAAACGGCUAGAUGAAGGAAACAAGAUAACAGGUGGACUUAAAUUAGUCACAACUUGUUAUGGAGUCGUUGGGUUUGUCAAAUUUCUAGAACCUUAUUACAUGCUGCUUAUAACAAAAAGAAGGAAGAUCGGUGAAAUUUGUGGCCAUAAGAUAUACGCCAUCACAAAGAGCAAGAUGAUUAUGAUUCCCAAUCCUACUGUCAGGACCUUAAUGGCUUAUUCCAAGAACGAGAACAGGUACAAGAAGCUUCUCUGCAUAGUGGACCUUACAAAGGACUUCUUUUUCAGCUAUUCAUACAAUGUCAUGCGUAGUCUUCAGAAGAACUUUGGUGAUUAUAAGACAGGAGAAUACCUCUAUAGAAAAAUGUUUGUUUGGAAUGAGUUCUUAACAAGUGAAAUCCGGAACAACUUCAGCAAUACUCUCUGGACAGUUGCCUUGGUGCAUGGCUUCUUUAAACAGGUCACAUUUUCUAUAUCUGGCAGGAACUUCAAGUUUACCCUCAUUGCCAGACGCUCACGUUUUUAUGCAGGCACCAGAUAUUUGAAACGUGGUGUAAAUGAUCGGGGUAGAGUAGCUAAUGAUGUUGAGACAGAACAGAUUGUAUCUGAAGAUACUGCUGAAGAGUGCGCAAUGCAAAUCAGCUCUGUGGUGCAAUAUCGUGGAUCAAUCCCCCUGUUCUGGUCCCAGAAUACUUCAGGAUUUCGUAAAUUUAGACCUGAAUUUUCUUUGCCAGCGGAACAGCAUAAUUAUAAAGCCACAAGACUUCAUUUUAAGAAUCUUGUCAAGAGAUAUGGAAAGCCAAUAGUUAUAUUGAGUUUGCUUAAGACACGUGGGAAGAAGCGUGCUGAAAAAACUCUAGGUGUAGCAUAUGCAAAAGCUAUCACAUCCAUUAUUGAUAAAUUACCAGAAAAGAAUCACCUAAGGUUUUGUCGUUGGGAUCUACAUAGACACAUGUACUAUAGAAGGGCUUUGCAUGAGUUGAAGCAGUUAGGAGAAUUUGCUGCAGAUACAUUGGACUUAACUGGCAUCUUUUACUGUCGAGUACCACCAAAUUUAUGGCAGGAGAGAUUUUUAAAUUUUUCCUACUUUGAUAAAUAUCAUGGUCACUGCUCUUUAGAGGACCUCUUCAAUAAAAAUGAGGAUGGUGAUAACCUGGAAACAAAAGUUUCUGCUGGUAGUGUUUGCAAUGAUGCAAAUGGAAACUAUGGUGCCAAAUCCACGUUUCAAAAAGGGAUCCUAAGGACCAACUGCAUGGACUGCUUAGAUCGCACUAAUGUUGCCCAAUAUGCGUAUGGGCUAGCUGCCCUUGGACAUCAGCUGCAUGCUUUGGGAUUUAUAGAUUCCCCAAAUAUUGAUUUUGAAGCCCCUUUGGCAGAGAACUUAAUGAGAGUUUAUGAGGCUAUGGGUGACACACUUGCACUGCAAUAUGGUGGCUCCCCAGCACACAAUAAGAUAUUUGCUGACAUCAGAGGUCAAUGGAGACCAGCAAUUGAUUGCCAGGAUCUAAUUACAACUGUACAAAGAUAUUACAGCAAUGCCUUCUCGGAUUUUGAGAGACAAGACGCAAUCAAUGUGUUCUUGGGUUACUUUCGUCCACAACAGGGUAAACCAGUUCCGUGGGAAUUCGAUCAAGACCAGUGCAACACUGUCGGGAGGUCAUCUUUUAAAAGGUCACUAUCAGAUAGUGAUAUUCUCUCUAGAAGUAACUCAACUAUGGCGAGCACAGAUGUACUGCAUAAUCAGCCUUUGUCUGAACAAGUGAAAGGAAGGAGCAUUAGUCUUUUGGAUUUCAUGCCAGAGAUCCCAACUCAGCCUUUGUCUGAAGCACAAAGAGAAAGGACGAGUAUUUCAGAGUUCUCGCCAGAGAUCUCAACUACUAUCAGCUCUGGGCUGCUUCCUGGACGUAUGCAAGAUGACCAAAGUCUUAAAAGUGGUGACAUAUGUGACAAUGAACAUAGAGAUGCAUCUAACAAAAGUUUAUUUGAUAUGGGCUGGCAUUCUUCAGCAGGAAAUUCUUUUUAUGAAGCAGAAGAAAGGUUCCUUUGUUGCAAUGAUAUGGUACAUCAAAUAAAGGGACUGUCCCCCGUUGAAUAUUCUAAGAGCUUUGUGCAUUGGGUUUUUCAUGGGGAAGCACUCUUCCAUAGAAGAUGACUAAAGAUUUAACCAUAAUAUUCAUUUCCGCCAUUAUUUAAAUCUAAUCUAUCCAAAGGAUGUGAUCCUCUCUCUUUUCUUUCUUUUUCUCGAUGGGUAAAUGAUACCCAUAGCUAAUUCUUUAUGCAUCUCCA